AUGUGCAUUUUAUUCUGGACGGUAGAUAACCACCCUAAUUAUCGAUUUAUAUUUGCUGGCAACCGAGACGAAUUCCUUAGACGACCUACAGCGAGAGCUCAUUUCUGGGAACCUCCUUUUGACAAUGUGCUAGCUGGCACUGAUCUAGAAACGCAUCCAGGCGACUUUGACCUCAAAAACGGCACCUGGCUAGGUAUUACAAAAGAAGGUAGAUUCUCUGCAUUGACAAAUUAUCGAGAAUCCAACUUUCGAGGCAAAGUAUCUCGAGGAGUGCUGGUGAGAGACUUUUUAUGUGAUAAAGAAUCCGUGCACGACUCUAUGGAGCAUUUACAAGCGCAUACAAACGAAUAUGGUGGAUUCAGUCUAGUCAACUUUGAUUUCAGCAAGGAUCCUGCUGAUAUGGCUUAUAUCACCAACCGAGAAAAUCAAGGCACAGUUGAAUUAAAGCCGGGUGAAGUCUAUGGAUUAUCCAAUUCCAUAUUGACAAACCCUUGGCCAAAGGUACAAAUGGGAAAAGAAGUGUUCCAAAGAAUUAUCCAGCAACAAGACUUGAGUCAGAGAGACCUCAUCGAUGCGUUAUUUGGGCUGCUGAGCCUGUCGAAACCCAUGAACAAUGACAAGGAUAUUCAACAGAUAUUUGAUGACCUCAAGGAACGCAUUUCAAUACCUCUGUUCGACUUUCCAGGAAACUUGGGCAUUCAAGACCCGGCCUAUGCCACUAGAACAAGCACUAUCGUGCUGAUUGAUCGUGAUGACAAUGCUACCUUUAUCGAGAGAUUGUGGUAUAAUGAAACGGAUCUAUCGCCAGUCAAUCCGGGUGAAUACAAUGAUUUGAUCUUUCAGUUUCCUCUUGAACACAAAUAA